UCGAUCGACCUAAAAAACCUCGCAAACGAUCUUCCCUCGGUCUCAGGCGAGCGAGCUCGCGCUGCUCACGUCCACAGGGAGGCAGCAGCAGUAGGCCCCGCCCCGCCGGGAUCCACAGCAGCCGCGGCGUGGUGGAGCCAGGAUCACCAGCCACCGCGGAUAAAAGCGCGCGCGCGGCCGCGAGAGCGAGCGUCAGCGUGUGUGGUGUGUCGGGUAGCGAGCCGAGGAGCGCGCGCGGCGAUGGCGGCGGCCGUGGCGACCGUGGCCUCCCCAUCCCCCGCCUCCAGGCGGCUGCUCCCCUCCUCCUCCGCCGCAGCCUCCUCCCUCCUCCGGCUCCCGCGGCCGGCCAUGCGGCUCCGGCGUGUGCUGCGGGUCGUCGCGGCGGCCGCGGCCGCGGGGGACGAGGCGGACGUGCUCCCGGGGCCCGGGGGCGAGGCGGUGCCGGGGAGGCUCGAGGAGCCGCGGGACGAGCCGCUAGGGGGGAGCCAGCUCGACAUCGGCGGGCUCGCCUUCCAGGGCGACGUGGGCGGGGGCUUCGCCGGCGGCGGCGGCGGGGCGGGCUCAGGGGCCUCCGGCGGCGGGGACGGGAACAAGGCGCUGGAUCGGGCCAUCAACACGGCCAUCGUGCUCGGGGCCAGCACCUACGCGCUCACCAAGCUCCUCACCGUCGACCAGGACUACUGGCAUGGGUGGACGAUCUUUGAGAUCCUUCGGUACAUGCCGGAGCACAACUGGUCGGCAUACGAGGAGGCACUCAAGGCAAACCCGGUUCUGGCCAAGAUGAUGAUCAGUGGGGUAGUCUACUCCCUCGGUGAUUGGAUCGCGCAGUGCUAUGAAGGCAAACCGAUCUUUGAUUUCGACCGUGCUAGGAUGUUUCGGUCCGGCCUUGUUGGGUUCACUCUUCAUGGGUCACUUUCGCAUUACUACUAUCAUGUCUGUGAGGCACUGUUCCCAUUCAAGGAUUGGUGGGUUGUCCCUGCAAAGGUUGCAUUCGAUCAAACGAUCUGGUCUGCAAUUUGGAACAGCAUCUACUUUGUGGUCUUGGGUUUCCUUCGGUUGGAAUCACCUACCACUAUCUACAGCGAGCUCAAGUCCACGUUCUGGCCCAUGCUUACCGCUGGGUGGAAAUUGUGGCCUUUUGCACACUUGGUUACAUAUGGUGUGAUUCCUGUUGAGCAAAGGCUACUUUGGGUCGACUGUGUUGAGCUAAUCUGGGUCACGAUACUGUCAACUUACUCAAAUGAGAAGUCGGAGGCAAGGAAUUCUGAUGGUACCUCCACGCCAGAUGCUUUAAAGGACAACUCUAGAUAGCAGCCAGAGACACCACGGAAGCAGCUUUGCCGUUCCACUUCGGGGUUGAUGUAAAUUGUACAAUUAGCUGCAGCAGCCCUGCAGGUGUAACCUUUUUCGUUUUCUAUAAUGAUAUACAUGAAACACAAACUGUGCAGCAUGUGCCGUAGAAAAUCAGAAAGUAAUUUUUGGGGGAUGCAAUUUUUGGCGGUGGCAUGAUGGCGAUGACACCAUCCCUUUUGUAAAGCAAUUAUUGAUCGAUUUAAGAGAUAAGGUUUGGGCUUUAACUAAGGAUAAUGCAAAAUUGAGAGCUUCAGUUUCAGACACAAGGGCAUAGGUCGACCAAAUUCUUGUUCAGAGAGCACAGUUGGAGCAGAUUCUUCUUUCACACACAAGGGCAUAGGUCGACCAAAUUCUUGUUCAGAGAGCACAGUUGGAGCAGAUUCUUCUUCACACACAAGGGCAUAGGUCGACCAAAUUCUUGUUCAGAGAGCACAGUUGGAGCAGAUUCUUCUUCACAGAGGAGAAGGAUGACCAAGUCGUUGCACUUCGGGAUAAAGUCAAGAAAUUUGAGAAAGAAAGAGUGGUGCUACUGUCAACAAUGUUUGCCUGUGUAUGUGUUGUUAUUCGCAUGAUGAUUAAGUAGUAGGUUCGGUGGCAAAUGUAGGUAGGUUCAGUGUGUGUUAUCCAAAACGUUGUUUGCAAUGUAAAUGUUCAGUCAAGGGAUAGCUGCCAGAUUGUUUGCAA